AAAGGCAUUCAAAGCAGAGUCAGAAUCCGAGUCGGAGUCGACUCUUCCGUUUACCCAGCCACACCAAUUCAGAGCAUAGUCGACAACCAAUCAACAUCAGCCAGUAUGUGUUACCGAGAAUACUGCCUGGAGUACUGCGAGCUCUGCGAAGAUAGACACAAGGUCAUCGUUUCCUACCGAGCCUGUAUCCACUUCAAAGAGACGGGGGUCUGUCUUCGCCCGGUGUUUCGCCGAGUUCCCACACCGCAACCGACGCUGGAAGAUAUGGCUGAUCUGUUGUGUGGUCAAUGUGUUGCGGAGAGCGAGCGUCAACUGCGCGAGCUUGAGCGUGAGGUUGAGCGUGCGCUCGAGCUUGCCGAGCAGGAGCAGGAGCAUGACCAAGACCAGGAGGGUGACCAGGAGUCGGACUCGGAGUCGGGUUCGGAGGAUGUUGGAAAAGACGAAGAGGGAGAAAAGAAAGAAGCCAAAGAAGAGGGACGAAAUGAAAGUGCUUAGACAAGACAGACUCGGAGUUGAGGUAAUCGAGUGAAUGUGGACGGAUGAGCCAACAGCAAACCAUUGGAAACUUGAAGGAAGAACGUCGCUGCCCGGCCCCGUGCUUUCCUAUCCACCUCCUCUCGUUUCCACCUGUCAGACCAGAAUUCAAGCACUGACUGGGGCCGACCAUGGUGAGGGGAGGAGAGGAAGCAAAAAUCGUUCGAUCAUCCUAAUGGUGAAUUCAGGAGGCCAUAGCCGCAACCAAAAAACCAACGAAACAUGCAGUGGGGCCGAGACUGUGUACCUGCCUACCUUAGGUAGCUAGGUAUCUAGCAAGUAAAUCAAGAAAACUGCAAAACUUGAA